AUGGAACUGCAGGAGAUGUUUCGAUACGGAUAUAUGUUCCCACCGAGAGAGGACGAGGUCGUAUCCUGCACGUAUCUGGAUUUACCGAGCUACGCUUAUUCCAAGAGCAAGUCUGAUCUUCCACCAGUAAGCAGCAUCAGCAUACCGCAGUGCAUCGUGUACGACGGAAAUCGCAGCGAUGGCUGGCACACGCCGAGUCCAACCGCAAGUUUACGAUCGGUUAGUCCUGCCACAACUUUGUCUGUGUCGUCAGAGCCUGACACGAUAAGUACUCCGGUUACGUACCGUUUAUUAGGCUCGAUGGAGGAACUGAACAAGAGGUACGCUACGAAGAGGAGCCUCGCUACGAUCAACAGCGAGGCAACGCAACACGCUAUGAACAUGAUCGAUCUGACGGAGGAAGUAAACAGUAUGGACGCGGAUACCGAUGGAACCGCGGAUCCUGAGGCUGAAACGGAGCACGAAAAGGCGCAAUCGUCUCGAGGCAGUGUCAUCAGCAACUCCAGCAGUUUCUCAGACAGAAUCGUAGACGCUGACAGCGAGGACGAUGCCGAAAUGAGCGACAGUCCCGAUCACAUAGGAUCCGAGAUCGAUGGAAACGGGAACAAUCGAAACGUGGUGAGAAGGAGAGGUAAAUACGUUAGCUCGACGAUCGUGAGGAAACGCAGACUGGCGGCGAACGCCAGAGAACGGAGAAGAAUGCAGAACCUGAAUAAAGCGUUCGAUAGAUUGAGAGCGUAUCUUCCGUCUUUGGGUAACGACCGGCAGCUCUCGAAAUACGAAACGCUUCAAAUGGCACAGUCUUACAUCACGGCAUUGUACGAUUUGUUGCAAUAA